AUGAAAAUAGGUAAAAAUAAGAAGAAAAAAGAAAAAAGAUAUGAUAUUAUUUAAAAUGAGAAUAUUUAAGUUUAUUUACUAUUUAAAAUAAGUUAAAUAGACACUUUAUCUCUAAAGCCGGCUAGAGAUACUAUAUUAAACAUUCUUAGCAUGUUUAAAUACUUAAUUGAAUAAAAAAAAAUUAUAAACACUAAAAUAAAAUAAAAACUAAAAAAGCUUAAAUACUAAAUUUGUAAUUUAAAAAAAAAGUAUAAAAAAAUUAAAUAUUCCUCCUUUUUGUUUGGAUAGUGUUGGAGUUUGUAACAGGUACUAACUGCUACUAACUUUCGUUGGUGAAUGCUAAGUUGUUCACGAGCAGGACUCUAACAACACUAUAUUACUAUAAUAUUAAAUCUGAAAACUUUUGCGAUUGUCUUUGUAAUCACAUGAUCAUACAAAAAUGAAUUCCACCUAUGAAUUCCACCCAAUUGAAUUUUUAGUGACUUAGAUCUACACACUCCCACAAAGGAAUGCUUAAACAAUUCAUGCAGGAUAACAUGCAAUGAUGUCUUUACCACCAUUAAUCUCGCCGCAACCACCAGAUGACGUUCCAUGGCUUUUGCCAGCGUCUCCGCCUCCUCUUGGGGAAGGUAGUACCAGUCCUUCACCCGCACCAGUUGCUUCCCCACCACCAUUGUCUCUCGUAGCACCAUCAUUUCCGCUUCCCCCCACUCCUGCUGAGGUGGUGGUGCCCCCUGCAUAUUCAGCACCUCCAAUAGCCAAACCACCACUAGCAUCUCCACCGCCAUCUGUGGUUGUUCCCAUCGUAUCACCACCACCUCUGGUGGCUGCUCGACCACCCACUGCCAUUUCCCCUCCUAUAAGUCCUGUUAGUUCUCCAUCACUUCCCGAGCCUCCAAUACCAUCACUUGCUCCUCCUCCAUCAUUUCCACCAUCACUUUCAAUACCACCACCACCACCCCCACCACUAUCUCCAACAGUACGACCACCAGCACCUCCAACACUAGCACCGCCGCCAUCACAGCUAGGAACUUCUUUACCACCUAAAGCUUAUUCAUCAACUCCAGAAGUUUCACCACCACCACCUCCUUCUCCAACACCAUUUGCACCUUCUUCAACAUGGCUUAAUUAUCCUCCACCCACAGAAUUUCCAAGGGAGCCACAUGCGCCACUCUAUUCUGUCGUCAAACCUCCGCCUUUUUCACUGCCAUUAGCGCAUGGAAGUCUGCCUGUAAGCUCACAACAAUCUCAUUUUUCAACAGGGCUUAUAGUUGGAUGUCUCAUUGGUGGAGUGUUAUUACUUCUUCUUCUUGUGCUUGGAUUUAUUUGUAUUUGCUUCAUCAAUAGGAGAAGGAAAAAGAAUGCCAUGAUCCAAGAGCAUUUCACAGAACCACCGUCCGGCUUGAAACCAAAAGUUCUCGUAUUUUCUGAGGAUGGGCUGCCACAAGGAGAACAUGUUAUUAGAGUUCAGAUAACCAAUUCAGGGAACUUAGGGUAUAAGAAUCCAUUGCAAACUGAAGCUCCAACCCCUCAUGUUGCCUCCAGUAUAUCAAGUGGAACAUUCACAUACAAUGAACUAGCUGUGGCCACUAAUAGCUUUUCAGAGGCCAACCUUAUUGGAGAAGGUGGGUUCGGGUAUGUUCAUAAAGGAUUCCUUCAAACCGGGCUAGCAGUUGCAGUUAAGCAGCUAAAAGAAGGAAGCAUGCAGGGUGAGCGAGAAUUCGAAGCAGAGGUUGAGAUCAUCAGCCGAAUACAUCAUAAACAUCUUGUUUCAUUGAUAGGAUACUGCAUUGCUGGGAACGGGAGAUUGCUUGUUUAUGAAUUUGUUCCUAACAACACCUUGGAAUACCAUUUACAUAGAAAUGGACAGAAUGUACUGGAGUGGGCAACCAGGUUGAAAAUUGCUAUAGGGUCUGCAAAAGGACUGGCAUAUAUCCACGAGGAUUGUAAUCCAACAAUUAUUCAUCGAGACAUCAAGGCAGCCAAUAUUCUUCUUGAUCAGGACUUUGAAGCAAAGGUUUCUGACUUUGGACUUGCCAAAAGCUUUCCUGUUAGGACUGGCAUCACUCACAUUUCCACCAGGGUUGUGGGAACAUUUGGGUACCUGGCACCAGAGUAUGUAACAAGUGGCAAAUUAACAGAGAAAUCAGAUGUAUAUUCAUAUGGCGUUAUACUUCUAGAGCUCAUAACCGGGUAUCCACCUAUCAGUGACGACGACCCUGUACUGAAAGAAGGACUGGUUGAAUGGGCUAGGCCGCUGCUCACCCAAGCUUUAGAAAAUAGUGAUUUCGGAGCUCUUGUUGAUCCGCAAUUGGAGGAAAAAUACAAUACCAAUGAGAUGGCUAGGAUGCUUGCUUGUGCUGCUGCUUGUGUGCGCCGCUCUUCCAGGCUUCGGCCUCGGAUGAGUCAGAUAGUUCGUGCUCUGGAAGGAGAUAUUUCCAUAAAGGAUCUCAAUGGAGGAAUGCAGCCUGGAAAUAGCACCGUGUAUGCACCGGUGAAAUGGCAGAAUGACAGCGGAAGCAGCAGUGAAUAUAGUCUUAACCCAUCUAGCUCAAGUAGUGAUUUCAGAAGACAAGGAUAGAGCCGAGGAUUAAGCAUGCCGUAAACUGCUUCUAUGACUACGGACUUCAAUUCCUUCAUCAGGCUCCGACUGUGACAUGAUCUAUUUGCUUGUUCUGUGUGUAUCAGAACUAAUUUACUUUCUACUUGCUUUCUUGGGUGGACAUUCAUGAAACCAUCUCAACCUAGUGAAGAAGAUUCCUGUAAACAUCAAUGAGUUCUUAGACAGUGCCUCAGUCAUUUGUACAUUCUCCAGUAAUGAUUCAUCUACCACUAAGAAACAUUUGAUGAUCACAAAAAAACUACUGUUGCUUCAAUUAUUUCAUUAAUCAAUCAUAUUGGCUGACCAUAUUUGUAUAA